AUGCAGGAGAAGCUGACGAGGUCGGCUCAACCAGCAUCAAAGAAGCCCCUAGGUCUGGUGUUUGCAGACAAGCGUAUCUAUCUUUUCAUUUUGCUUCAGCAUGUCUCGCUCCUGUCGCAGAACUUCCAAUACUUCUUCCCGACUAUUGUGCAGACCCUCGAAUACGGGAAAGUCAAAACACUUCUGAUCACCGCGCCUGUAUGGAUCGCUACUUUCCUUGUCUCGCUGCUGGAGACAUGGAUAUCUGGUAAAAGCAACGAUCGCAGCCUACAUAUCGUCUGUUUGAUAAUGGUCAGCGUGGUAGGAGGUGUAAUUGCCACUAUUACAACUAACCUUGGUGCCAACUUCUUCGCCAUGGUCUGUAAUGUCACCUUUAAAUUCCCUUGUUCUUUACAUGUCUGA